CUUUUGAGCUUACAAAUGUAUUUUGUUUUAUUCAGACUGGAGGACUGCAGCUUGUGUGAACACAGCUGCAGAUUUCUGGUGUCAGCUCUGAAGUCCAACCCCUCCUUUCUUAGAGAGCUGGACCUGAGCUCCAACUACAAACUGCAGGAUUUAGGAGUGGAGCGUUUGUGUGGUUUUCUGGAGAGUCCACAGUGCAGACUGGAAACUCUGAGACUGGAGUAUUGUGGUCUGUCAGAGAUCAGCUGUGAGUAUCUGGCUUCAGCGCUAAAGUCCAGCCCGUCCUAUCUGAGCGAGCUGCGCCUGAGAGGAAACAACCUGCAGGAAUCGGAUCUGAAGCAGCUGUCUGAGCUUGUGGAGAAUCCACAGUGGAGACUGGAGACUCUGGGGGUUGACAGGAUGAUUGAACCUUCCAAUGAAAACGACUGUGACUCUGAACAAACAUUGGAUAUAAACCCUUUAGCUGAUUUAUCUGAGGAUGACAUAGAGCCAAUUGAGCCUCCAUCAAGCUUCACACCUGAAGUACAACCUGAAUCCACACAAAUCUCCCACAGGUUCAGGUGUCCUGGUCCAGGUGUGUUCCAGUGUACUCUGACCAGACUGGUGUUUGUUAUGGCUCAGAAGGCGGAGCUGCUGUACUGGAAUGUCCAAUGGGAUGAGAGCCUCCUUCAACAAGCUGGAAAAACAGCUGCAGGGCCGCUGUUUAACAUCACGUGCUCUGAGGACGCAGUCCGUCAGCUCCACCUGCCACACUGUGAAACAAAGGAGGCGUUGUGUGUUGAUGGCCUGCUGUCUGUCGCGCACGUCUUUGAUGAUGGGAUAAGCAUCUUGAAACCGAUGAGGAUCACCGACACGCAUGUGAUUGUGAACGUCUCCCACCUCUCUGCCUUUGGCCUUAUCUGGAAUUUUGUUAAAAAGUCCUUUAAAAUCCCAGAAGCAGGCCAGGUUCUGCUGUUCCUGCGAUUUAAAGACACAGUGCCUCUAAAAAUCAACGUGUUUCUCCUGCAUGAAAGAAUCCAUCUGUCAGAGGUUAAAAAGCAACAAGGCAAUGAUGCUACAUACAUUGAGACGUCUUCAGACUGCGUGCUUCACAUCGGUCAGCGUUACAGUGUCCACUGUGAACCCGAGGGCCUGAAGAUCCAGCCGAACCACGCAGAGUUUCGGAACAAGCUUGGACCGAAUUACUAUCCAACAUUUGAGGUUUUCCUGACUGCAAACCUGGAGGUUGUGACUCUGAUAGUCAAGGACCAAGAUGGAAAUGAAGCCUGGCGUCGUGAUGUGUUUGUCCCAGAAAAGGACCGAGUCUCACCAGAGGACAGCGCACACCACAAAACAAAAAAAGAUGAGGAUAAGCUGCUGCUAAUCCGCUCAGAGUUUAUUGAAAGAGUGUCUGCAGAGGGUUUAGACAAAAUUGUAGAUAAACUCCUCGAGCGUCAAAUUAUAAUUGCUGGAGAGAUGGAGUCUGGGACAUGUGAGACAAAAAGCAGAGCAAAUAAAGUGCGAUGCAUAAUCGACACCGUGAGCCGAAAAGGAAAUGACGCCUGCAGACAUCUGCUCGAUGUUCUCAAAGAGGUGGACCCAACCCUUUUCAGAGUGCUCGUGCCAAUGGACUGAUUCUCAUAUAGUCAAGUACUCAGAUUAACAACAACAAUUUCAAGGUGCUUUAUUUUGUAAGGGAAGGACUUUGUCUUCAAACUUUGGUGGUUUGAAGGAUUCUGGAUCAACUCUGCAAGUUUAUUUUUUUCAGUCUUGAUCAUCUGAAUCAAUCAAAUUAAUGUUACUGUGAAAUUAUUCUAAUUAUUUUGUACAAAUUUUGGCUGUUAUGUGUUUACUUUGCAUUAGUAU